UUAUUAUUUCAAAUUAAUGAUUAAUCUUAAUGUCUAUGUCUAAUCUCUAAUGUCAAAACACAUUACGUUGCGGUCUGAUGGUCUGAUUACGCGGAUUUUACUUUUAUUGGGGAAUACAAGUCGCUUAGAAUUCCCGAGAAACAGUUUAACAAACAUUAGUCGAGAAAAUCAACAGUGAGCUAUUUGUAACCGAAUCAUUUAUUAUCUGGAAUCUAAACAUUGCACAUGCCCUGUUGAUUUGAAAGGAUUGCGUGUUUCCACGCUAGCGAAUAUGGUAAUGUGCUCUUGGUUAUGAUAGCAUGCUUUAUUGUUCUGGCGAGAUACGGUUGCGUUCGCUCAGCUCAACUUAGACCGGUAAUGACACGCAAGCGAGCUCUAUCACCUGACUCAAAACUAGUUCCGAACGCACUGCUGAAGAUGCCUUCCAGAGAUGUUGCGAAUGGGGUGACCAAGGAGAUCGGUAUCCGUUAUCUGGAUACGCCAGAUAAAUCUUUCUCCGACAAUAAGGAAUACAGGUCUAUUGUCCUGCCGAAUGGAUUUCACGCUUUAUUGAUCUCAGAUCCGGUAGGACCUUCACGAUUGACCGAAAACAGUACAGCGGUAGAGAGCGAUACAGACACUCAACAAGAGAGCGAUGAUGAAAGCAGCAGUCAAUCAUCAAAUGGAAACACGUUGAACGAAAGCUUUGGAGAGACCAACAGCGAUCAAGAAGGAGAAAAGCUUGCUGCUGCAGCUUUGUCAAUCGGCGUAGGAUCCUUUAGUGAUCCACGUGCCGUACAGGGAUUAGCACACUUUCUAGAGCACAUGAUUUUCAUGGGCAGCAGCAAAUACCCUACUGAAAACGAGUAUGAUUCUUACAUUAGCAAAUGUGGAGGCUUUGAUAACGCAAUAACUGACUUGGAAGAGACGACCUUCUAUUUUGAGAUUGACGAAAUGUACCUGGACGGUGCAUUGGACAGAUUUUCAAAUCUAUUCGCAUCUCCAUUAAUGUUGCGUGAUUCUAUCUGUCGGGAAAGUGACGCGGUUGAAUCUGAGUUUCAAACUAACAUUAAUAGCUUUUCUUCUAUGCGAGAGCAGCUGCUAGGCUCGCUGGGAAUGGACGAUCAUCCCAGUAGUUUAUUUUCGUGGGGAAACUUACGCACUUUAAAAGAAAAUAUAACGGAAGACGAACUGCGCGAAAUUCUACACAAGUUUCAGCAACGCCAUUACUCAGCGCAUAGAAUGCAUUUUGCCAUUCAAGCAAGAAUGAGCUUGGAUAGUCUUGAAGAAUUAACUGUGAAGUACUUCUCGAAUAUUCCAAAUAACAACCUUCCAGGAGAAGAUUUUUCAGCAUUCAAUGAACGUAAUGCGUUCAAACCGGAUUUUUAUAAUAAAGUGUUUUUCAUGAAACCAAAGUCUAACAUAUGUAAGUUGGAUGUUACGUGGUGUUUACCGGCAAGUAUAAGGGACUACGAAGUAAAACCAGUAGACUAUUUAUCUUACCUUUUAGGAUAUGAAGGCAAAAAUAGUUUAACCAGCUAUUUGAGGAAUAGAACAUUAGCCUCUGAAGUACAGACUGGUGCGAGUUACGGAUUUGAGAAGAAUUCUCUGUUUACACUUUUCUCUGUGUCUGUGACUAUGACUGAUAAGGGAUUAGAUAAUGUAGAAGAAAUUUUGAGAGCGAUCUAUUCCUACAUUAGGCUACUAAAAAAGACAGGUCCUGUAGAGUGGCUUUACGAAGAACUGAAAAAAAUAGAAGGUACUUCGUUUCGCUAUCGCAAAGAGAAAGAUGCUAGCGACAAUGUGGAAGAAUUGGUAGUAAAUAUGCGAUACUACCCAUCAAAGGAUAUUAUUACAGGAUCUGAGCUGUACUUCCGAUAUGAUGCAGAUGAAAUUCAAGCAGUUAUAAAUAAUCUUAAUCUGCCGAAUUUCAAUAUAAUGAUCUCUUCAUCUAAACCGUUCAAAGGCAUCGUUUAUGAUAAGAAGGAAAAGUGGUUCGGUACAGAAUAUACAUAUGGAGAUAUACCGCAAGAAUGGACUAAACUAUGGAAUAACAUAGAGGUCAUACCAGAAUUGCAAUUGCAGGAUCGCAAUCCAUAUAUUAGCACAGACUUUACAAUCUUUGCACAACAAAAUGAAACAUCUUUAAUUGCUCCAUUCCCGGAAAAAAUUAUGGAAAACAGCGUAUGUGAGCUGUGGUUCAGACAAGACAGCAAAUUCAAUCUACCAAUGUCUAUGAUGUAUUUCUAUUUGAUUUCUCCGCUGAAUUUACAGGAUGCUAAAAGUGCAACGCUAUCCAGUUUGUUCACAUUAAUAUUGAAAUUCCAAAUAGCUGAAGAUCUCUAUCCUGCAACUGUUGCAGGGUUGGUUUAUGAAAUUUACGCUUCAGAAAAAGGAAUAGUUUUGAAGGUUUACGGUUACAAUGAAAAAACACCAAUUAUUGUCAAUGAAAUUGCCAGAGCGAUGCGACUUUUCAAUCAGAGACUAAAAGUGGAUGUGUUUGAAGUAAUGAAAAAAGAACUGGCUAAAUCUUACAACAACGAUAUACUUAAAACAAAUAAACUAAACAGAGACAUUCGACUGAAAGUUGUACAGAAAACAUUCUGGACCACGGUGGAGCGAUUCGAUGCACUAAAAACUCUUACAAUAGAAGAGCUGAAGGAAUAUUCACAAAGUUUUUACAACAAGAUCAGGAUUCAAGCACUGAUACAAGGAAACGCUCGUAAACAGGAUGCAUUGGACGUAAUGACGAAUAUGCUGGCAAGUCUCGAGAUUGGAGAAAUACGAAAUCUUUCUCUGAUUGAAUCAAAAGCUCGUGAGAUACCACUAGGUAACAAUUACCUAACGGUAAAAUCGUUUCGAAAAGACGAUGUCAACACCGCUACAACUAACUUCUAUCAAGCAGGACCUGUUACACCAACGCUUUAUGCCCAAUUACAGAUGCUAGUAAUGCUAAUCGAGGAGCCACUGUUCGAUAUCCUACGCACCAAAGAGCAACUCGGUUAUGACAUAUCCACCACUAUGCGAGAUAAUUUCGGUAUUUUAGGAUAUUCUAUUACUGUCCACUCACAGGAGAAUAAAUUCUCUUUCAAGUAUAUCGACGAGCGAAUUGAAUAUUUUAAUAGUAAAUUUAUACAAAUAUUGGAAAAUAUGAAAGAUUCUGAUUUCCAGCUGAUGAAAUCUUCUCUGUUGAAACGCAAGCAAAUUGUCGAUACUGAAUUGAAAAGUGAGAUGAUUCGUAAUUGGGCAGAAAUUACCACAGAGGAAUAUAUAUUUGAUCGCAACAAGCUAGAAAUAGAGCAUAUCGAAAAACUUACGAAACCCGAAAUAAUCGAAUUCUACAAAACGCUGUUGUUUAAUAACAAACACAGAAGAAAGCUGUCAGUUCAAGUAGUGGGAUGCAGCGAUAAAACUGAUGUUAAAAACGAUGGCAAUAUUAGCAAUGAUGAAGAUUUAAACAGAGAUUUCCAUAUACAUUAUGUAACGACAGAUGGUCCUCAACAAAACUACGUCACGGACAUUGACAGCUUUACGAAUAAUCUAACGGUGUAUCCAAUUACAAAGAUUAGUUUCUAAACGCUCGUAUAGUCCGUUGAUAUCGUUACUAUCUAUGUUGCGUACGUGUUGCUCUGUGUUAUUGAACAUUGAAAUAAAGUUUAUUUAGU